AAACAUCCUCCACACGUGCCCUAUAUAAACAGCUUCGUAAUACACUCUACAGAUCACUUUUAAUAGACAAGAUGAGGUAUUUGCUAGCUGCUUUAUUGGUAACCGUUGUUAACGGUCAAAAUGUAUUGCUGAUUGAACCGCCUAUCCCAAACACACAGGAGCCGGCAGCACCAAAUGUAGAAACUCUUACUUUCGACUCGUACCUUGUCGGCGUUCCCAGCUGUAUUAGGCCCGGUCUUUCCGCAGAUGUCUAUGUAGCUGUAUUAAAAGGCUCAAGUCCCACUAAUGUCAUUGUUGAGCUGAUAACUGAGAAAAACAGCUCAGUUGCAGCUAAUCGAUCUAUUCUCAACACUGGGAAGCCCGAGAUACUAUCAAUUCAGGUUCCUUCUGACAUCACUCAGCCAAAUUUAUUUCCCCGAUAUUUUAUACGGGUCGUUGGAACGGGCGAAGAUGUGAAGUUUCAAAACCAAACCGAGGUCCGAGUGAAUCGUCAAAAUGUGACGGGCUUUGUGCAAACUGACAAGGCCAUAUACAAACCAGGGGAUACAGUAAAUUACAGAAUAUUCUCACUGUUUCCUGAUUUGAAAGUUCACAAAGCUAGCUACGACAUUGAAAUCAAAGACCCCAAGGGAAAUAAGAUCCGGAAUGUAAAGAACGUGUUUGACCCUAGCGGAUUGGUGCGGGACAGUCUAAAGCUGUCUGACGAACCUGUGUUAGGUGAUUGGCAAAUACGCAUUGUUGAAACUGGUGCCAGUUCCAGCACAAUUCACAAAUCAUUUGAGGUGGAAGAGACAGUUCUGCCGAGGUUCGAGGUGACAGUCAUCCCGCCAUCAUUUGCUUCUCAAGAUCAGGAAACCGUCGACGUGACGGUUACUGGCAUCUACACGUUUGGUGAUGAUGUCAGAGGUACGCUGUCUGUCAGCGUCAAGAGCUUUCCUUGGUGGAAAUCACUCAAAGACGAUGUCCAGCCUGUUCUUCUUCAAACAGUUCCUGAUUUUGUUGGAAGAUCCACCUUUACAUUUCGCGUAGAAGAUCUCCGCAACUUGACGAAGAACAAUUACCUUAUUGACUUUGAGGUGGAAGCCACGCUACGGGAAACCCUUACAGGAAGCACGGUGACUGAGUCUAAGCGUGUCACAGUAUAUCAGACUUCGACCAAAGUCGAGUACGUUCCAGAGAAUUCCAGAACGUUCAAACCGGGGCUCGAUUAUAGCGUUAUCUUGAAGGUCAGUCAGCAAGAUGGAACAGCGGUUAAUGGACCUCUGGGUAACCUAACAUUACGGGCAGAGUUUACCCACCAGGUCACUCACACCGCCGAAGCGACAGUUUCCCUCACACAGACAAACCCGCCCAACAGUUCCCUGGCAGAGGUGUCCUUUGUACGGGCUCCCAAGGCUUCCCAGGAAGAUAUUACCGGGGUACUUGUGACGUUGUCCGAUCUUGGCGGCGGUAUUUUCAAGAUUGACAUACCCACAGUUCCCGAACAUGCAGAAAGGCUAAGCAUUGUGACAACAUACCAGAAAGGGGAUUACUACUGGUAUGCAACUCGAGCUUACUCUCCAAGCAACAGCUUCUUGCAGAUGGCGGUAUCCAACGCCAAACCAAAGACAGGAGACACCCUGGCGAUACAGUUCCGGUCUACUGUUGAAACGGAUUCAUUUAGCAUUCUGGUAUCCUCCCGGGGGCGAGUUGUAAGAACGUACGAAGAAACAAGACCAGUCAGCUCCAAAACAUUCACAUUCUCUUUUGACGUUACGUCAGCAAUGGCGCCACGAGCGAAGGUUGUAGCUUUCUUCAGGACACAGAGCGGAGAAAUCGUUGCUGAUGCUUUAGAGUUUUUUGUCCAAGAUCCCUUCGAAACAAAGGUGUCUGUCGGAUUCAGUGCGGAGGAAGUGAACCCAGGAGAUGACGUCACGAUGACGGUGCUGACAGCUCCCAACUCAUUGGUUGCCACGCUGGUCGUGGACAAAAAGGUUCUCCUGCUCAAGUCCGGAAAUGACAUCACUGAAAGCCAGGUUACACGUUCCAUAUCUGGAUUAGACUGUGGAUACCUUAGCAGCGUGACGGAUGCUGAGCAGGCAUUUAGGGCAUCCGGCUUUAUUGUACUUACUGACAGUGUCCUACACAGCCAGCAAUCAUCGACAAUCAGCCCCAGGGCACGCAUAAGUGCAAAAAAAGGAGGUUCUGCGCCUUUCUCAUCUCAAGCAGACUUUGAAUCUCCUGGUUCUGGCGGUUCACAACUUGAGGAACUAAGAACUCUGUUCCCAGAAACAUGGCUGUUUGGUGUGGAAGUCGCCAAUUCCCGUGGGGAAGUGAAUAUCCGGACGACAGCCCCGGACAGCAUCACCUCCUGGCAGGCCACAGCCUUCGCCAUCAAUGACCAGACAGGAUUCGGUGUUUCUAAGGAACCAGCUAAGCUGACCGUGGUCAAACCGUUCUUUGCUAACAUCUACCUGCCAUACUCCGUGAUCCGAGGAGAAGAGCUCUUCCUUCAAGUCAAUGUUUUCAACAAUCUUAAAAUAAAUUUAACGGUUGAUGUUGAGCUACAAGGAUCUGAUAGCUUCAGAACUCUUGACAUCAGUGACACUGGAGUGGAAGUUCUACUUGCAGGAACCCGCAGCCAGACUUUAAUAGUACCCAGUGGUAUUCCCAAAUCUGUUGUGUUUCCUAUCAAAGCUGUUAAGCUGGGGAAUAUUCCCAUUACUGUGACAGCCCGGUCAGGAGCCGCCUUUGAUGGUCUCACUAAGACUCUGCUCGUGGAGCCAGAGGGCGUGGCGGACGAAUACAAUUUUAUCCAGCUAGUAAAUCUAACCAGCUCAAGCCAGUAUCAAGCCACCAGUCCAGUUUCGUAUCCACCAGGAGUGGUGCAGGGUUCAGAGAAACUCAGAUUGAAGCUUGUGGGUGACGUACUGGGGGGCACGGUGUCGAACCUGGCAGGUCUAGUGCGCAUGUCUUAUGGAUGCGGAGAGCAGAAUAUGGUGAACUUUGCCCCCACCGUGUUUGUGUCUACAUACCUGCAGUCCGUGGGUCAGUUGACAGGAGAACGGAGGAGACAAGCGAUUGACUUCAUCUCUCAAGGAUUCCAACGCCAGAUGAACUACAGGAGGAACGACGGGUCUUACAGCGCAUUCGGGAAUCGCGACAAAGAAGGCAAUCUGUGGCUAACAGCCUUCGUCGCCAAGUCCUUCGUAGCGGCUGCCAAUAACGACUUUCUGAACCUGGACCCAGUGGCUCUGAGAGCAUCUUAUGCGUUUAUAGCUGCACAACAGAACGUGGACGGAUCCUUCCGGUCCAAGGGAAUACUUCACAGCAAACGAUUACAGGGACAAUCUGGAGGUGGUGACGCCUUGACAGCCUACGUACUCACCGCCUUGUUGGAAAAUCCGUCAACGGAUACAAACUUCAGCCGUACUAUCACCAAGGCUCAACGGUUUGUGGAGAACUACGUCAAUACCAGCUCGGACCUGUAUGACUUGGCUAUCGGAGCGUACGCUUUGGCCCUGUCUGGUAGCCCACAGGCGGACAGUGUGCUGAAAACUCUUGAGGCCAGAGCUACAAAUAGAGACGGCUACACGUAUUGGGAGGUGGAAGCUGAACCAGUGUACUUAUGGGAACCGCCGAGACACCAGUCAAAGGCAGCCAGCAUUGAAGCCACCAGCUACGUGUGUCUGGUGUAUGCCCUGAAGAAAGACAUCAGCAAGAGCUCCCAGUGUCUGGCUUGGCUCGUCAGUCAGCAGAAUGAUUAUGGCGGAUUUGUCUCCACUCAGGAUACAGUGGUCGCCAUCCAGGCUCUCAGUGCUAUGGGGCCUUUCUUCUACACGAAAACCCAGGACGGUUCUGUCACUGUUGAGGCCGCCGGGACUUCUGCAUCCCUCACUGUGAACGACGCCAACAGGCUGGAGUUACAACAGGCUACGCUACCAGUUAACGCCAGCAGUGUUACCGUGCGGGCAUCGGGUAUGGGUGUAUUCUUGGUCUCCAUUUCAGUUAGAUACCACAUCCAGACCCCAGUACUGGAGCCCUCGUUCACGCUCACCACGACCCUUAUCAGAGACACACCCGCGGCCAUUGAGCUAAGCGUUUGUGCCAAAUAUCUCCGUGGUGAGGCCAGCAGUAUGGCGAACAUUGAGAUCCGGCUGCCGUCAGAUUUUAGCCUGACUCAGCAGGGGAAAGAUCAACUGCUGUCUGUGGCCAAGAGGGUGGAUGUUCUGGACGGCAAAGUCUUGAUGUAUCUGGAUGAGAUAACAAGCACAGGCGUUUGUACCAGUUUUACGGCAAUCGGAAGUGGGAACGUUAACAAACCCAAGCCCAAUCCUGUCAGAGUGUUCGACUAUUACAACCCAGACGAUUCCGCUCUUUCGUUCUAUACCCUAUCGUCGCUGAAUGGGAAUUUCUGUGAUUCUGCCGUUUGUGCUAACGACUCUGCAGGCUGUUCGGCCAACUGCCCCAAACGCAGGAGAAAGUAAGGAGGAUACAACGUGAGGAAUACCUACGAUACAGCUAUUGCAGGAUUUCAUUUUUAAUUUACACAAGUUAUUGUUUUCGUUUAAAUACUGAGGCAAAUUUGGUCUUGUAUACAUAACAAAGUCUUCUUAAUUUUAGUGUCUUCAGAUCGUAGAUAAAUUACUCGUAUGCUUUUUAAAUUUGGGGAUUGAUAAAAUAAAUGCGUUUAG